CUCGCACCGACCUUCCGCGACCUCGUGUCUCGUGGGUCGUCACUGGUCGUCACCGCCUGUCGCGUCGACUCUAGUCGACUCGACGCACAGGUAAGACCAGGUGAGACACUCGGCGAACAGGUACUCGUGAUCGACGGAUCGUUUUGCCUUCUGUAGAUACUUCAGUGGAUAUCAAUCUUUGUGAAUAACCCAGUACGAAACGACAUACAAGGGAAUUCAGUGGAAAGGGAACGCACCCGAUCACUCUGGAUCUUUCCACACGGAAAAGAUUCCACAAGGAGUAACUCAGACUGUUAUCGCUACGUGGAAAAACAGAAGGGUCAUCGGAUGAGGGAUGACCUGCGUCGGCGUGAAGUACAUCUCGCACGUUUUCGAAUGAAGUCACGUUUAAAUCACGUUUCGUCGGCUGAUAAAAAAACUUUCUCGCACGAGCAUGCUUCGAUAUGCAGGGUCAUCCUAUUGACCUCGACAGUGGCGAAACAAAGAUAAAUGGAGAUACUACUCGAGAGAUUCGGCAAGUGAAGUUUCUGAAUUAUACUGUCAUGGAAGCUGUGGGAACUUAUCCAAUUUUGAAGUCCUUUUUGGCGGGCUCGUUCUCUGGAACAUUCUCCACGAUUCUCUUCCAACCGUUGGACUUGGUGAAGACCAGACUUCAGAGUAGAGUCAAUGGCCCUAUCGGAGCACCAAAAAAUGGAAUGUUGGGCACGGUGGCGCACAUCAUUCAAAAGGAGAAUAUCUUCGGACUUUGGAGGGGCAUGACACCGUCAAUAACUCGAGUGAUUCCUGGCGUGGGUUUGUACUUUUCGUCGUUACACUGGCUGAAGCACGCCUUUAAUCUGGAGGAACCUCUGACGGCUCUGCAGGCUAUUUCCUUAGGUGUUACCGCGCGAUCCAUGUCCGGUGCUCUGCUGAUUCCCAUCACCGUCGUGAAGACGCGAUUUGAGAGUGGCGUUUACAAAUACAACAGUAUCAGUGAAGCUCUUAGGUUAAUCUACAAGCAGGAAGGAAUGAGAGGUCUAUCGAGCGGCCUGGUGCCCACUCUUCUGCGAGAUGCGCCUUACAGUGGUUUAUAUCUUAUGUUUUACACCCAAUUGAAAAACGCGGCUGCUAGUAGUACAGGAACAGUGAACUCAUCGGCACCGGUUCACUUUAGCUGCGGAAUCUUGGCUGGAAUUUUGGCGUCCAUAGUGACGCAACCGCCAGACGUUGUCAAAACGAAGAUGCAGUUGUACCCGAACGAAUUCAACGGCAUCUAUCACGCGACGUUUUUCGUUUAUAAAAAGUACGGCAUUUUAGGAUAUUUCAAAGGUAUCGUUCCUAGAAUGCUGAGGCGAACUUUGAUGACUACUAUGGCUUGGACCGUGUACGAACAGGUUACAAGGCAGAUUGGUUUGAAGUAAACACGCUGUAGCUGCAAUUGUUUUAUAUCCGAAGAAGAUUAUGAUGUACAGUAUUAGCAUAGACUGUUUAUAUAUUAUAAUUAAAUUCGCAUAUUUAUUUAAUAAAUUAUAUAUUUUUCUAAGAUCACAUAA